AUGCAAUCUUUACAAACUUCUUUUGGUUAUGAUAAGCUGUUCACUGUGGAACCAGAGGGGCGAAGCGGUGGACUAGCCCUUUUUUAUUUUGACUCUUUUGACGUUACUGUUUUAUUCUCCUCAAAUCGUAUGAUUGACAUUGAAGCUAGGAUUGAGGGGAAAAAGGUGUCCAUGACCUUUGUCUACGGCGAUCCGGUUACUGAGAACCGAGGGAAAGUAUGGGACGAUCUUGUCCAAAUGAGUAUGACGAGGAAUGAAAAUUGGUUGAUGGUUGGGGACUUCAACGAGAUCAUAAGCAACCGAGAGAAACGUGGAGGACGAUGA